GAACAUGACUGAAGCUGGGCGUGCAAAGAGCUGCCUGGGCUGUGCUCAGAAACAGCCUCUGCAUGUGGGAUUAGUUUCAUGCAAGGAGGCAGAGAGCAGAGGAAGCACUAAUGUGAAUCCAGCAGGCUUCACAGCGCUGGUAUGUUAACGACACACCAGGCUUUGUGUGCACACACCCGAGUUUCUGUGCUCGAGUGUUAUCUGGUAGAUGGCUGUGUGCGCGUGAGAGAAGAUGGAGCAGCGAGACACCGAUUGGCUGUGAGCCCUUGUGAGGUGUGGCCAGAAUGCUAAUGCCUGCCUCCCUGCCCGCCUUUCGUACUGCAAGCUUUUGGGGGACAGUGACCGAGGAGGGAUGGGAUGUUUGAGUGUGUGUGCACGCUGGGGAGAGUGUCGGAGCUUGUGAGAAAGUGGGGGCAGGAAAGAAAAGGAAAAAAAAAGGAGUGGGGUGUAGAAGGAGAGAAAGAGCUUGUGAAAAAGAAGGAGGGAAGGAGCUUCAGGCUGCGAGGCUGGACCACCGCUCAAACACUGCAGUCUUUUGCUUCUGCUUCUCUGAGGAAAACCUGCCCAACUCUCCUUCUUACUCCUMCUUUCUUUUGCGGCGGUGCCAUGACCCUGACGGACACCUUGCUCUCUUUGCCCACCUAGAGAAGAGGAAAGAGACGUUGUAGCGGAGGAGGGAGUGACAAGAGYAGGCGACACCACACACUUUGCCUCGCAGAUGAGAGUCUGGAAAUUAAUUAACCGCCGUCAGCGCAGAGGGGAGAGAGCACAGAGGGGUAGAGUAAUAGAAUAAGAGCGAGUUGAAGAGGGGGGGACUUGCUAGAUGUGUGAAGAAUAGGCUGUGAAGAGACGCAGCGCAACUCCUUGACACUUUUCUGAUGCAAAAAGGGACAAGUUAGGGUCGACGUGUGAAGUCAGAAGGAAAUUAGGCAAGGCAGUGACUCCACAGGGAUUCUAAUUUAAAACGCCAAAGAAUGAUCCAAUCACAAGCAUCCUUCAUCCUUUCAUCCCUCUUUCCAAUCCUCCUUUCACAUUCAUAACAGCAUCCUUACCUCUCAUUUCCCUGUCUCUUUCCUCUUUUUUUUAGUUCUUUCUUUUUGCAUGUCAGCAAAAGCACAUCACCAGCCACAGCCACACGCCGAACACCCAGACGCAACUGAGAGCUCAGUGGAUGUGUCAUUCAUUUACUGAGUAAAAGUUGAUUUAGCCAAAAUCAGGGGUGUCAUUACAUGCUGGCCAGGAGCACCUGCUCUGGAAGUUCUCAUGAGACCAGGUAGGACAUUUCUGGAAUAUUUUUUUUGUCCACACUGAGCAGCUGGACAGGUUAAGCUCUCUAGUUGUUUAUCUGAUUGAACCUUUAUGAGAUAAAACUGCAAACCAGCUUAUCUCGCAGAGCACGACACCUGUGUUUUAGGGAUUACACAUAGGGAACAGGGAUGUGCAGAGGUACAUGUGUACGGAAGGACUCUGUCCUAAAAGCAUUGAUUUAUAUGAGUAUUCUCCAUGAGAUUAAAGGCAGGAAUUCAAUCGUAGCAACACGUUAUCUCAAACAAAUCAACUGAGAUCAAGUAACUGCGCUUUGAAUAUAAUAAAACCAGCAUUCCAGGUUUUUUUUUCCAGGGGUCAUAGUUGUUUUGAAAUCCAUCUCUCAGCUCUGGGUGCAGUAACUCCCUGCCCUUCAUUGAGGACUUUACUCCAAACUGAGGUACACAGAGUGACUGUGAAAGACUUGUGAAGGCUCAUUGAGUUUUCCAUAAUGAGACGUUCAAGCACAGACGAGACCCCGUACCGGCGCAGUCCGUCUCUGGACAGCAAACCCGACACACCACCCUUCACCUCGGGUUUCCACCGCUUCAGUGGGGAGUUUGAGUAUAAGAGACCUCCUUUUGCGUUCGGCUUCCACACGACAAAGGGACCACAGAAGUCCAACGGGCGCUACGCCCAGGGGAAGAAGUAUGUGGUGUUUUACCUGGACCUCUCCUUCAUCUUCCUUCUAGAACUGCGGCGCUGCAGGAUGGCCGAGGGUUGCAUGAUGGCCCUGCGCUAUGGAAUGGUCUUCUUCAACCUCCUUUUCUGGUUGGGAGGAUGUGGCGUGCUGGGCGUUGGGGUCUGGCUCUCGGUGACCCAGGGAAACUUUGCCACGCUGUCGUCGUCCCUUCCCUCUCUGUCGGCAGCCAAUCUUCUCAUCGCAGUGGGGACGAUCAUCAUGGUGAUCGGCUGUCUGGGCUGUGUGGGAGCUGUCAAAGAAAGCCGUCCUCUGCUGCUGACGUUCUUCAUCCUCCUCCUGAUCAUCUUCUUCCUGGAAAUUCUCUUCAUCAUGUUGUUCUUCAUUUACCAAGAUGAGAUUGAUCACUACGCACAGAGAGAUCUGAAGAAAGGCCUCCAGCUCUUUGGCACUGAAGGCAACGUGGGUUUGACCAACGCCUGGAUGAUAGUGCAAACUGAUUUUCGUUGUUGUGGAGUCACCAACCACACAGACUGGUUUGAGGUGUACAACGCCACCCGGGUGCCAGACUCCUGCUGCCUGGAGUACAGUGAUAACUGUGGACUGGACAACCCGGGGACAUGGUGGACAGCGCCGUGUUACGAGCGGGUAAAGGACUGGCUAAAUGACAACUUGGUGGCACUUUGGAUCUUUGCUCUAUGCACAGCACUUACUCAGAUUCUGGGUCUGGUCUUCUCCAUGACAAUGUUCUGCCAGACAGUGAAAGUAGAGACUUUCUACGCCUAGCGAUCGACCACUCUGCCCUUCAGCACACUUGGAUUGUUUCUCAUUACAAAGAGACACAUAUAUAUAUAUAGACAUCCCACCCCUCCCCCUUGCCUUCCUCCUCCUCCUCCUCUAUUGAUGAACUCUUCUUUUCCUCCCCAAACCCUUGUCCUCUCUGUGACAUUUGCUCUCAGAUGUCACCAGUUCACAAAUUUUCUUUCUUUUUUCUUUCCCCCCGCCCUGCUAACUAUCAACCAGCACAGUAUUGGUGUAAUUCUUCCUAUCAUUUGCUCUGUGUUCAAAGCUAAUUUCUGUGAUUUUUAUUUUACAAAGCAGUAUUUUGAAAAUGUAAAAACAAAACAAGAUGAAAAAAAUUGAUGUAUCUCCCCUUUUCUAAUAUGUGUUUUGUUUUAAAUUAUUUUAAAGUUUGUAUGUGUUUCUUUCUUUUUCCUUUUUUUUUUAAACAGGAGCUACAGUUGAGAAAAAGUGCACUGUGUGAAGUGCUGCAAAGUGCAUGUCUCCAGCGAUGAUGUGUAUUAAAUGUUUUGGCUCGACAAA